CAGACGCAUAUUAGACGCCAGACAUUCAUGCACUGACUCGUACAUGCAGUCGGAACUCGUCCUAUCCGUAGACGACGUGCGCCAACAGGCAGCGGACGGCAUGACGCGACAAUCGGGCUCGAACUCGAACUCUCCGCGAAAGGACAAAGACAACGAGAAACGCAAGCAUCGCCGCAAGCGCGGACGACGCCACAAGUGGAAACCGUACGACAAGAUGAGCUGGGAAGAGAAAGCAGAGCUCGAGGAGAGAGACAGAAAAAGAGCGGAAAGAAAACAGGCCGAGCUGUGGCGGCAGGGCAAACCGACGGCGCCGUGCAACACGAACGAGUUCCUGAUGGAAGACCACGGGAGAGUCGGAACGCCCGCCGCGUUGAGCAGCGGGAGAAUGAGAGCGGAACGAGUCGUCUCUCUCGAUUCGUCCUUUUCGCAGAGCGAUGAUAAUGACGUCAUUUGUGACGUCAUGUAUGAGUCGACGUCAGACGACGAGGUGGAGUUUAGAAAGGCGGGAGAGAGGGAGUUUGAUGAGAUGUAUGAACAGGCGCACACGGAAAAGCUGCAGGGGAUGUCUCGGGAGGCUCUCAUCAGUGAGUGUUUGCUGCUGGAAAGGAGGCUCAAUGAGGCCAAUGAGGCCAACGAAGCGAUGAAGAAACCUGGUGUGUUGACUAGAUCCUACUCGUGUAGCGAUGUUGGACAUGAGACGUUCAUGCAAGAGCCGUUGGUGAUAGAAGUCGAGAGAUUGAGAAGAGAGAAUAGGGAGCUGAAGAAGACGGCACAGAUGACAAUGAAAAACGAAUUCCCAAGCUGAGAAGAGGUGGUGGUUGAUGUCUCUGUCUCUAAUGAGAUGGGAGUUGUUGGAGCAUGUCGAGCUCUCUCUGAUCGGCCAAGGUGAAUGAAUGUCUUCGCUGUGUUUGAGUCCACCCGUGCCAAGCGAGACUUGAGAGUUGAUUAUGUGCAAUCAGCGGUGCUGUGUGGAUCAAUGCUACAGCCGUGUGACCAUAGGCUAUGUAUGUGAAAUGUAUUUUAUGAAUUGUGUUAUGUGAUCUAUGAAUAGACAAAUAAAGGAAUCUA